AUGUUGGGCCAGCGAGCAAGCACUGCUGUAGCCGUUGCCCUCGUUUCGAAUGUAGUCUACGGAGCUGCGUCACCUUCGUUGCCACCCCAGUCGGUGUUUGUAGAUCCCCUUUCAUUCGCCGUACUCGGCCAGAACGCUACGUUCCGUGACUCUGCGUUUGAGUCGAGUUUCAAUCCCACUUCUACGCCUCGGCCGUUCUUCCAAAUAUUCAACAAAGGAUUCCUCAGCAUUCUUGGCCAAGACCCGUCGCUCCACGAAAUUGCGUCGAAUCCGGACUUCGCUUUCGCUUUCGAGGCUCCCGUAUACGUUCCAGAUACGGACGAGAUAUUCUUCUCGGGUUCUCCAGUAAUCGGAAAUGUGAGCGCCAAUAGCCAAGUCAACAGGGUCAGUAUGGCUGAGGUUGAAGACGGGUUGAAGGCCAGUAAUGGAUCCACGGUGAAUGUAACUGUUACUCCCCUCAACCUUCCGGAUGCCGUCGCCGUGACAAAUGGGGCGACAGGUCCCUUCCGGGGUUCAUUGUUGCUUGUGGGCGGCGGCCUAGGGACUCGACCUCCAGCGAUAACACUCGUAAACCCACGACCGCCUCACAAUGUAACGGUCCUUCUGGACAAUUUCUUUGGACGGCAAUUCAACUCGCUAGAUGACAUCAAAGUGCGACAUACCAGCGGGAAGAUAUUUUUCUCCGAUGUUGAAUAUGGCUUUGCACUUGGAUUACGACCAGCACCUUUAAUGCCAAACCAAAUAUAUAGAUUUGACCCGGACACUGGAGUUCUCAGAAUGGUCGCAGACGGAUUUGCGAGACCCAACGGGAUAGCGUUCACCGACGAUGGCAAUACUGUCUACGUCUCUGACAGUGGUGCGCUCCCAGAUCUCUCAGGGGCUAUACUCCAAACUCAACCAGCAACCAUCUACGCCUUUGACGUUGACCCUGUUUCCGAAAGAUUCCUUAAUCGACGUGUAUUGGCCUACAUCGAUGCGGGUAUCCCUGAUGGAUUACAGGUGGACAUGGACGGGAAUAUAUAUGCAGGCACUGGUGAUGGCGUUCAGGUAUGGAAUCCAGAGGGCACGCUGCUAGGCAAAUUCUUUGUUGGAACACGAACUUCCAAUAUGGUGUUCGCUGGCUCCGGCCGGCUUGUCAUGCUAUCACAGACGAAGCUGUUUCUUGCCGGGAUUAACGCAGGUAAUAUCAAUCUGGAAGGUAGAUGA